AUGCCUUACUAUGAACUUUCCUUGGUGACGAGGCCUCUAGCAAAGGAUAACCUUUUCAACACCUUAAGACGAGUAGCAUUAAUGCUAAUGGACCACGGGGCAAUAAUUGAAAAAGUCGAAAGCCUUGGUCAUAGAGACUUGCCUUUCAAACGUUUAACGAAACAAACUAGAGAACCGGUUUACACGUCGAAUUACUUUCUAAUGAAAACAUUUAUCUCGCGAGAAGAGAAAAACAACAUCUUUCAACUGCUACUAAAUGAUUUGGAUGUGGUUCACGUUGCGGCUCUCAGUGAAAAUGAUUUACGAUGGCCAAAGUUUGAGUGCAAUCUCGCAGAAAUUUUGAAACCGCCGUCGCAAAGGGAAUCUGUGAAGCUUUUGCGAGAAACGCAGAAACUGGGGCAUUUCACCAGGCAGAGAAUUUUCAAAAGGUCGGAAAGAGAAUGGAGAUCUGUGCAAAAAUCUUAUCCUAUACCUCCACCACGCAAUUAA